UGUAGGCAUUCCAGCAUCCCCACCUGGCAGGCCAGAGUGAGCAUUGAAACUAUGCAGGGGACCUGGAUGGUGCUGUUGGCUCUAGUAUUGGCCACCUGCGGGGAGCUUGCUAUGGCCUUGCAGUGCUAUACCUGUCAGGAUCCUGUGAGUGUAUCAAACUGUGUCACCAUCACCACCUGCCACAUCAAUGACACCAUGUGCAAGACCACACUCUAUUCCCUGGAGACUGUGUUCCCCUUCUUGGGGGACUCCACCGUGACCAAGUCCUGUGCCAGCAAAUGUGAGCCCUCAGACGUGGAUGGCAUUGGGCUAACCCGGCCAGUUUCCUGCUGCAAUUCUGAUCUAUGCAACGUGGAUGGAGCACCCACCCUGGGCAGCCCUUGGGCCCUGGUCCUUGCCCCAGCACUUACCUUUAUCUUGGAAUGCCUGCUGUAAAGCCAUGACCUUUUCACUCUGCCCUACUAUCCUGACAGCCCAGUUCCCUGAUGCCCUGAAGAAGUACAAAGGCCACUUGCAUCAA